GCUCUCCCCCAAGAUGGCGGCGCCCUUGGCGCUGCAGCUGCAGGAGCUGCUGGACCCCCGGCCCGCCCCGCGGGACCCCGAGGACGAUGCGGAGGAAGCUACAGUUGCUAAAGUGAUUGACAGAUUUGAGGAUGAGGGCACGGAUGACAUUUUGCCUGUUGGCAAUAUCAGGAAGAGAGCCUCAGCCUCUCUCCUGGAGGCUGAUCAGAGGUACAGUGGGAAAGCCACGUCUCGGAAGGCUCUGCAGGAGGAGCUCUGGGGAGGUGCUCUGUCUGAAGAAGGAUCUGGUGAAGAAGCCCUGGAUGACUGGUACAGUGCCAGUGAAGGCUCAGAAGAGGAGGACAAUGCUGGCACUAAGGGCAGGGAGAAGCCCAGCAGUGCUGGCAGUGAGCAGGAGGAGGACCUGGAGGAUGAGGAAGAGGAUGAUGAAGAGGCCAAGGCACCCAAGUUCAGCUCCCAGAACAUCACAGACUUUGAGAAGUUUACAGAGGGCAUGGACGAUGUGGGGAGCAGCGGAGGGGAGGAUGAAGACGAGGAUGAGGAUGAGGAUGAAGAUGAUGCUGACAUGGAAGAUGGAAACGAGGAGGAGGAAGAGGAGGAAUUUGGGAGUGAAAGCCACGAUGAUGGAAAAGAAGCCAAAGACAGUGAAGAUGAUGGGGGAGUGCUGACCUUCUCCAGAGGACAGGAGUCUGAAGAGGUGGAGAAGGGCAAAGCUGUGAGGAACCAGCUAGCCCUGUGGGAUCAGCUGAUGGAGGGGAGGAUCAAGAUGCAGAAGGUGCUCCUGACAGCCAACAGGCUGCCCCAGCCAGACACCUACCCCAGGUUCAGGAAGGAGGGGGGACAGGACUUUGACCACGCUGUGGAGAACUGUUGUAAAGCCCUGGAGGCCUUGCUGAAAGUGCUGGUGGAGCUUCAGGAUGAGCUGCUUUAUCAGUACCCAGGCACGAGGCACCUGGUGGAUGGAAAGCAAGCAAAGACUGAGAGUGAGGAUGAAAUCCUGAGCAGCAGCGAUGAGGAGCCAGUGGAGAAGGCUCAGGAGAAGAGGAGGAGGCUCCCCAAGAGGAAGCUGAAGUUUGAGGAGUACCCUGAGUUCAUAGCCAAGCGCUACAGGGACUUCAGGAGCUACAGGAACAGCACCCUGCAGAAGUGGCACGACAAGACCAAGCUGGCAACUGGCAAAAUGGGCAAGGGGUUUGGAGCCCUGGAGCGCUCGGUGCUGGCGCAGAUCGAGCACGUGCUGCUGGACAGGGAGCGCCUGCUGCGGCGCACGCAGACCCGCCGCUCGCUCUACACCGUGCUGGGCAGGCAGGAGCCCCAGCCCGCCCCAGCCCCUCAGCCCGGGCCUGACAGCGAGGAAGUCCUCCCUGCCUCAGACUCCAACAGGCACCUGAAGGACAUUGAUGAGGAGAUAUUUGAUGAUGAUGACUUUUAUCACCAGCUCCUGCGAGAGCUGAUCGAGCGCAAAACCACAGCCCUGGACCCCAACGACCAGGUGGCCAUGGGCAGGCAGUGGUUGGCCAUCCAGAAGUUACGGAGCAAAAUAAAGAAGAAAGUGGACAGGAAAGCCAGCAAAGGGAGGAGAAUCCGGUUCCACGUCCACAGCAAGCUGGUGAGCUUCAUGGCACCUAUUGACCCCUGCACAAUGAAUGAUGAUGCCAGGACGGAGCUGUACCGGUCCCUGUUUGGAAAAGUCACAAAGGGAGAAGAAGCAGAGCAGAAUUAGAGCUGGAUUGAGCUGCUGCUGUCACAAAGGAGAAGAAGCAGAGCAGAAUUAGGGGCUGGAUUGAGCUGCUGUGUUCUGCUGCCCUCAGGCUGCCCAGGAGCAGAAUCUCUGUGGUCAGAACGACCCCAAGAUGCCUUAGAAAGUCUCUUUUCCCAGCCUGGCAGUCAAAGGAGGAGUCAGAAUUCUUCUGUUCUGGUUUUUAAGGUUGUUUAUUUUCUGUUAUCUAUAAAAUUCUUUCCCUGGCUGCUGAGGUCUGUCCAGCAGGUCAGACAGAGGCACAUUGACUGCCCUCAGAGGCAGUGUUGUCUUUUAUACUAAAAACUAUGUGUAAUUUGUUUACAAUAAUUUCCCAAUAACAUUAUUUACAGUAAUUUUCCAAUACCUGUCACCUGUGUUAGACAGUGUGUUCCUACCUUAAACCAAUCCAAAAGUGCCACCAUCACCCAGAACAUGGGGGCCAGGAAAAAGGAGCAAGAAGGACAAAGCACACCCAAAUUCCUUCAUGUUGGGACCCCAAGCCUCCAUUCCAAAAACGCCAAAAUUCGACUUUUUUAGUAGAAUGAAUAGUUAGUGACAACUAAUCAUUAUUCUGCUUAAACUCUCCUGGCUUGUACAGAGCUGGUGAUUUGCUCCAUGGGUCAGAAUCAGGCAGAGGGGUCCUGGGCAGCCCAGGAGCAGAGCCAGCUCUGCAUUCUCUGCUUUGUCCCCAAAACCCUUCUGAAGGAGGUUUUUCCCUUCCCUUUCUGUGAUGUUAAAGGGGAGCAGAAGCACUCUCCCAGUGAUAACUUCUCGGUAUUGUUGGAGCAGAUAAGAGCCCGAGCAGCGCUUUGGAAUUCUCUUAUCAGCGUUCCAGCAGCCUCUGCCAUCCCUGCCCUGCCUCCACCUGGGCUGGGGACACGGGGACAGGCAGGGACAGAGGGACAGAGGGGGACAGACGGCCCCACUGCAGUGCUGACCUUGGGCUGCUGGUUGGGCAGGAAAGGGGACUCACACAGUGCCUGGUGUGGAAAUGCUGCAGGAAAAGGGCAGGAAAAGGGAUUCACACACUGCCUGGUGUGCAGGAAAAGGGCAGGAAAAGAACAGGAAAAGGGAUUCACACACUGCCUGGUGUGGAAAUCCUGCAGGAAAAGGGAUUCACACACUGCCUGGUGUGCAGGAAAAGGGCAGGAAAAGGGAUUCACACACUGCCUGGUGUGGAAAUGCUGCAGGAAAAGGGAUUCACACACUGCCUGGUGUGCAGGAAAAGGGAUUCACACAGUGCCUGGUGUAGAAGUGCUGCUGGCAAAGGGCAGCCCCGAGGGGCUCUGGCGUGGUGGCACAGCAGGAGCAGAGGGGACAGCGCCUCCCCAAAAAUCCAACAGAUAUUUUUGGAGCUGCUUUACCCCCAGUGUCCGCAGGUGAUGGUGAUGGUGCCCAGCACGGGCACAGCUCCCUGGGCACACAGAAAGCACCAGGGUGAUCUCCACCAAGUUUUGCUAAAGCUGCCAAUUAACAGCAAGUGAGAUCUUCCCUUCUUUCCCCCCCCACAACAGAAUAUUAAUUCUGUAUUAAUUCAUGAUCCAGCUGCUAAUUAGUACCUCCACAAACGGGCAUUGCACCUUGGCAGAGCACUGGAGGUGUUUUGGGGAUGGGCUGUGCACAGGGAGGGACAGAGGGUUGUGUUAAUCCUCUCCCCCCAACCCCGCCACAGCCAAGAAUUUCAACUUUCAGACAAACAACUUCAUUUACAAGUGUGUCUCUAAUUAGCUGCAGAAUUAGUAAAGCAGAGUUUUCCCCCCAUAGAUCGGCCAGGGCCCCGGGGGAGGCUCUGGAAUGGAGAGAAUCGCAUUUCCAAUUAUUUUGUUGAAUUGCUAAUUUAGUUAUUGUGCCUGGCGUAAUUGUGAUGGGUAUUGGGUGUGCAAUUCAAUUUGUUUUAAAUAUUUGUGGGAAGGCUGAUCAGUAAUGGAGCUGACCUAUUUCAUGGCCCAAAUUGAGAGAAGAGACUAAAACAAAAAACAGCUACAAAGCCCCAGUUUGUCUCAGUUUUUAUUUUGAUGUCUCUCAUCCCUCUUAAGACUGUUGAUGCAACAAAAGGUUUACAUUAAAAGAUGAUGGCACUUUGA